AUGACUGCCACUCAGACCACUCGUCGCUUAGGGCGGGAUGUGAAGAUCCCCAGGUCACAGACCGAAGGGGGAAAUCCAGUGCGUCGCCCUUUGCGCUCGAGAAUUAGCCGGUCCGGUACACAGUACCAGAAGGACGGACGCCGUAAGAAAGGAAAGAAAGCAAAAGCACACGCUGAACCCGGUUCAGUCGAGUACCCCAAGCUUGCUUUCUUCCCUUUCCAGCAAGCUGCGACAGAAGAAUUGAAAACAUAA